AUGAGGAUCAUUUAAAAGAGUUUAGAGGAGAAAUUUGAGCUUUAAUUUUGGGAAUCUCAUAAAAAGAAGAUGAAUUAUAUAAUGUAGCAGAAUAUUGUGCUAGAGGAACACUCUUUGACUUCAAUAAAUUGGUAACUAAGGGUAAAAAUGGCAAUUCAAUUAGCUGAUGGAAUGCUUCAUUUACACAAAUUGAAUCCUCCAUUAAUACAUAGAGACCUUAAGAUAUUAAAUAAAUUACUUGAAUAGACCUACGAUUCAAAUAGAAUAAAUAUUAAGAUUGCAGACUUUGGUUUGGCUAGAGCGCAAGCAGAUAAUGGUGAAUAAAUGACAGGUGUUUUGGGAACUUUUUUAUAUUAUAUAUAUAACAAUAGAAUUGGAUGCUCCAGAAGUGUUUUAAAAUCUUCCAUAUACAAUAAAAGCUGGUGUCUAUUCAUAGGCAGUAAAAAAUUCAGUUCUUAUGAAAUUUAGAUAAAACUCCAUAUAAAUAAAUAAUUUUCCACUAAUCCAUCUGCUAUCAUGAAAUUAGUAACAGUAGAUAACGGAAGGUCUGAUCUUAGUUUAAUAUAAACUGGGGGGUCCUCCAUUUUUGAAAGAGUUGAUGAUUAAAUGUUGGGAUAAAGAUCCUACAAAAAGACCAACUUUUUUAGAAGCUUUAUAUAGUACCUAAAGGGAUUUUAAUAAUUUGUCAAUUUGUUGGUAUGUAAAAGAUAUAACUUUUUAAUUCUGUGA